UGGGGUCGGGAUCUGGAGGAGCGGGAGCUGGUUUAGGACAAGACAACUGGCCUGGAGGGUCGGGGGCCCAGUUCGGAAUUGAUGUGGAGCCCGAGUUAUUUUCGGGGACAGGCAGGGUGUAAUUAAUUAUAUAUCAGGGCAUAGGUCGCUGUACCGACAUGGAGACCGUUCGCCAGUGAAGACAUAUCCCAAGGAUCCCUAUCAGGAAGAGGAGUGGCCCCAGGGGUUUGGUCAGCUAACUAAGGAGGGGAUGCUACAGCAUUGGGAGCUGGGCCAGGCUCUGCGGCAACGCUACCAUGGCUUUCUCAACACCUCUUACCACCGGCAAGAGGUUUAUGUGCGAAGCACAGACUUUGACCGUACGCUCAUGAGUGCUGAGGCCAACCUGGCCGGACUCUUCCCUCCCAACGGGAUACAGCGCUUCAACCCAAAUAUCUCUUGGCAACCUAUCCCUGUUCACACUGUGCCCAUCACUGAGGAUAGGCUGCUGAAGUUCCCGUUGGGCCCGUGUCCCCGUUACGAGCAGUUACAAAACGAGACCCGACAGACGCCAGAGUAUCAGAAUGAGAUCAUUCAGAAUGCACAAUUUCUGGAUAUGGUGGCCAACGAGACAGGCCUUACAGACCUGACGCUGGAGACCGUCUGGAAUGUCUAUGACACACUCUUCUGCGAGCAAACACACGGGCUGGUCCUGCCACCCUGGGCCUCUCCCCAGACCAUGCAGCAUCUGAGCCGGCUAAAGGACUUCAGCUUCCGCUUCCUCUUCGGGAUCUACGAGCAGGCAGAGAAGGCCCGGCUUCAGGGGGGAGUCCUGUUGGCUCAGAUACGGAAGAACCUGACCCUCAUGGCAGCCUCUUCCCAACUCCCUAAGCUGCUGGUUUACUCUGCGCACGACACCACCCUGGUUGCUCUGCAAAUGGCACUGGAUGUCUACAAUGGGGAACAAGCCCCCUACGCCUCCUGCCACAUAUUUGAACUGUACCAGGAAGAUAAUGGGAAUUUCUCAGUGGAGAUGUACUUUCGGAAUGAGAGUAACAAGGCUCCCUGGCCGCUGAUCCUGCCUGGCUGCCCUCACCGCUGCCCCCUGCAGGACUUCCUUCACCUCACAGAGCCCGUCGUGCCCAAGGAUUGGCAGCAAGAAUGCCAGCUGGCAAGCGGGCCUGCAGACACGGAGGUGAUCGUGGCCUUGGCUGUAUGCGGCUCCAUCCUCUUCCUUCUCAUAGUGCUGCUCCUCACUGUCCUCUUCCGGAUGCAGGCCCAGCCUCCGGGCUACCGCCAUGUCGCAGAUGGGGAGGAUCAUGCCUGACAACCACUCAGCCCCCUUCCCUCUGCCUCCUAGGGGAGGUGGGCUGGGCCCUUGCUCCUGACUAUUGCUGCUCCCCAGCCCAUGGACAGGAGACCCUGGGUUGGCCUCCCUCUGAUUACCCUAACCUAGAUGAACAAGUGGGGCUCGGCUUGGCCCCUGGCACCUGUCGCUCAGCAUUCGUGUGCCUCCUGUUUACCAAGUACUAUGUUGGACUUUGGCUUUCUCCAAACAAGACUUGCCUCCGCCAUGCUUCCGAAGGACUAGAAGUGUAGACAAGUAUCCAAGUUUCACUCAGGACCUGGGAUUGAAAAACUGAAGGAGUUGGUGCUUGAUCGCCUUGCCCCCGCCAAUCAAGCCUUGCUCUCUCUUCCAGCUCGGAGUCUUUGGCAAAUGGUUCAGGGGACA